CCUGUGCGCAAGAAGCGCAACUUCAAAGCUCUGCAGCUCGAUGUCUCGAAGCCUCCGGCGACAGAGCCAGAGCCUGCGCCCAUCCGUCUAGCACCCGCCCCAGGUGGUGCCGCGCCUGCGAAGAAGCGGCCGCCUCCCAUGACCCUCAAGGCCCCAAAGAUCGGGACUUCCAAUGUAACCGCUGAAACGGACAAUGGUCUUCUCACCGCGAAUGGCCCAACGUCCGCCCCACCGACGGCCAAUGCGUCCGCGGCGCGCUCGAGCUACCACAACACGCUCUCAUCUACGCUCGCGAACCUGGACCUGAACUCAGAGACCAAGUACGACCUGCGCAACGAGGAUCUGCGCGACAUGCAGGAGCUCGGGCAAGGCAACGGGGGCAGUGUGAAGAAGGUCGAGCACGUCCCUACGGGGACCAUAAUGGCGAAGAAGAUCGUGCUCAUAGACGCGAAGCCGUCCGUGCGCAAGCAGAUUCUACGCGAGCUGCAGAUCAUGCACGACUGCAAUUCGGUGUACAUCAUCUCGUUCUAUGGCGCGUUCAUCUCGGACCCCAACAUCUGCAUCUGCAUGGAGUUCAUGGACAAGGGGUCGCUCGAUGGCAUAUACAAGAAGAUCGGCCCGAUUGAUAUCGAAGUCGUCGGAAAAGUCGCGCUUGCCGUGCUUGAAGGGCUCACAUACCUGUAUGACGUGCAUCGCAUCAUCCACCGAGAUAUCAAACCGUCCAAUAUCCUGUGCAACUCACAAGGACAGAUCAAAAUCUGUGAUUUUGGGGUUUCAGGCGAGCUCAUUAACUCUAUCGCUGAUACGUUCGUCGGAACAUCAACAUACAUGAGCCCCGAGCGUAUACAAGGCGCGCAAUAUACCGUGAAAUCCGACGUCUGGUCGCUCGGCAUCUCACUCAUCGAGCUCGCCCUGGGCCGCUUCCCUUUCGCCGACUCGUCCUCUGACGACUCUGACUUGUCCGACCUCGAGGGGACGCUCUCGCCUAGCCGCCCCGCGCCCAUCCCUCUGCGCAAGACGCAGGAGGAGAAGGAACGCGACAAGAGAAAGAAGAAGCGCAAGAGCCGCGGUGUCAGUCUGCAAGGCGGUGGCAUGACAAUGAGCAUCCUCGAGCUGCUGCAGCACAUCGUGAACGAACCCGCGCCACGGCUGACGCCCGAGAACCGGUUCCCGAAGGAGGCAGAGGACUUCGUGGACAGCUGUCUGCUGAAGGACCCCGAGCAGCGAAGGACACCGAAGAACCUGCUGAAACACCCCUGGAUUGAGCACUCGCGAUCAUCCACCAUCGACCUCGAGGCCUGGGCAUCGACAUUCUGACCGCGACUACCGCACUUGGCCAAUGCUCUAUUUAACGGUCUCCUACUCACUCGCGGAACUGUCAAUUGAUUUCCAUGCUGUCUCUCGUGUCCGAGUAUAUCCUUGCUGCUGUUAUCGAGCAGCCAUCCGCCUCGUGUCCAUAUGUAUACCCGCAAUCUCUGUCUCACGACCGCUGAUCCCAAUAUCGCCUCAUUCGCGUAUCUGAUGUAGUAGUAGAGCAGUGCAGGAGGUUGGACGUUCCCCGAGUAGAGCGGGCUUGCUCGCGUAUACGUCUUUACGCAGAUGCUGUCGGGUUGUAUUGUAUAAUCUAAAUUAUUUGCGCAUUUCUUUGG